AUGGGGGUUUGGCAAAAAAUCUUGUUCUACUUCAAAGCGACACUAGCGGUCACGGUUCUGAGUGCCUGCGCCCUGUACGGCGUGAUCGCGUCAGUGAUAUUGACAUGUAUCGGACAGCAGCGCCUGGCACAAUGGACGACCGCCAGGUCAUUUUACCACGUCGUUGGAGCCGUCUUGGGCAUCGACGUUCGGGUCAUCAACGCUGAAAACCUCGAGAAAUUACCAGCGAUCUUUGUCUCGAACCACCAGUCGGCGCUGGACAUCCUGAUGCUUGGCCGGACUUUCCCACAGGGCUGCACCGUGACGGCCAAGAAGUCUUUGAAAUGGGUGCCAUUUCUAGGAUGGUUCAUGGCGUUGAGUGGAACCCUGUUUUUGGACCGAGGCAACCGCGAAAAAAGUGUCAGAACUUUGAAUAAGGCGCUCAGACAAUUGCAUUCUGAAAAGCGCGGGCUUUGGAUUUUCCCCGAGGGCACCAGGUCGCAUUCAUCCAAGAUUUGCCUGCUACCCUUCAAGAAAGGCGCGUUCCAUCUGGCGCAGCAGGGCAAGAUCCCAAUCAUCCCCGUGGCCGUGUCGAACACCAGCACUUUGCUCAGCAGCAAAUACAAGGUUUUUAAUAGAGGUGUCAUCACUGUUAAAGUGUUGGACCCGAUCCCAACUGCGGACCUUAAGCCAGAGGACGUUGGUGCUUUGACAAACAAAGUGCGGGAUUUGCUCCAAAAGGAAAUCGAGCAACUUGGAUACUCGGAAGCUAUCGUCGACACAGACUUACCUCCUGAGGCCAAAUCGGUGUUGACGAGUUCGUCAGAGGUGUCUGACGUCUCUGACGCAGAACAAGACGACUCUACAUCUUCAAAGGACACUGUUGAAGAAGUGGUAGAGACGUUGGAACACGAGGAAGAAGAUGGAGAGCAAGCAGAAGAUAGAGACGUUGCAGAGGCAGAGUAG